GUUGAGGAGUGGCCUCCAGUACCCAGCUGGCUUUUCUCCUGAACCUUAUUGCUUGUCUCUGCUCACCUCCCUGCCAUCAGGGAAGCACACGACUGGCAAGGGAUCUUUCUACUUUUCCUGAUCUCAGGCUUGGGGACUGCGCUCUCAUCAGACUGUGAGGCUGGCCUCCCGUGGGUUUGGACAACACUUUCCUUUGCUUCUGAUGGCCUUCAUGAAGAUGAGGCUGGUUUAUGCUUUCAUUCUGAUGAUGGGCGCUCUUUGCUUGUACUUCAGCAUGGAGCCUUUUGAGGAACUGACAUUUGUUCUCAAGAAAGGUCACGGGAAGUUCCUCCAGCUUCCAGAUAUAGAUUGCAAGCAGAAGCCCCCUUUCCUUGUGCUGCUGGUGACUUCAUCCCACAAGCAACUGGCGGCUCGCAUGGCCAUCCGCAAGACAUGGGGUCGAGAGGCAGAGGUGCAGGGGCAGCGUGUGAAGACCCUCUUCCUCCUGGGGGCCUCAGACAGCACCGAUGAAAUGAAUGCCAUAGCCCAGGAGGGCAAGCAGUACCGUGACAUCAUCCAGAAGGAUUUCAAGGACGUCUAUUUCAACUUGACCCUGAAGACCAUGAUGGGCAUGGAAUGGGUCCACCACUUUUGUCCUCAGGCAGCUUUUGUGAUGAAGACAGACUCAGACAUGUUUGUGAAUGUUGGCUAUUUGACUGAACUGCUGCUGAAGAAAAACAAAACCUCCAGGUUCUUCACAGGCCACAUAAGGUAUUAUCACUCCCCCUUCAGGCAUAACUUAAACAAGUGGUUUGUGAGUAAAUUUGAAUAUCCCUGGGACAGGUACCCACCUUUUUGUUCUGGUACGGGUUAUAUCCUUUCUAGUGAUGUGGCCAGCAAAGUAUACAGUGUCUCAGAGAGUGUCCCAUUCCUCAAGCUGGAGGAUGUGUUUGUCGGGCUCUGCCUGGCCAAGCUGAAGAUCCGGCCUGAGGAACUCCACACCAAACAGACCUUUUUCCCAGGUGGCUUACGCUUCUCUGUGUGCCGCUUUCGGAAAAUUGUUACCUGCCACUAUGUGUCACCAAAGGACUUACUCACUUACUGGCAGAUACUGGAGAACUCUCAGGAACAGAAUUGCUCUGCUGUCUGAGGGGAUAACCUUUGGUGAUAAUUUGGGAAGAUCUGGGCUGGCCUUGCUAAGAACCAUCAGGGGUAGAGAAGUAGGAGGAAGGCAAAGAGUGUGUUCUCAAUGCCCUGCAUGUACUAGAGUGGAUGUAUACACACACAGGUCAAGACUUGUUCCCACUUGACACCCAUAGCAAUAGCAGAUCUCAUGUACCAGGCUUAUGCACUAUGUUCUCAAUGUUUGAGACAUGCCUUCAUCUGCUCAUUUCAGGGCUCAGUAUACAUAUGAAGCCAUGGAUGUGAUCAUUCCCAUUUUACAGGUUAGGAGCCAGUAGCCAUGGUCACUUACUUGUUCAAAGACCCCCAUUCUGCAGAUGGAGCAGGAAUGAGGAAUUAAGUGCUAUUAGAAUUAAGUUGGUGGCCUCCAACUGAGUGUCUCAUUCUUUGGGAGAGGAUGGUAGUGGAAGAAGCUUAGUGUGGGGAUGUCUUAAAGCUAACUAGCCUCCUUCAGUCUUUUUCCUGAGUCCCGUGCCCCUCAAUUCCCAAUCCUUCUACUUUUUAAAUGCUGAGUCUGGGAUGAACCAGCUUUCUCAGGCCUUUUCCCUCACUUGAAUGAUGUAGGGAGGCACUGAGUCUGUUAGCCACUUGGUACCCAAUGCAUCUUUAACAUGAGACAUGCACACCUGCAGACACUAGCUCACCUCUAUGCUUGAAGGAAACUGGGUUGUAUGACCAUAUAAAUCAGACUGAGAAACCAUAGCUGAGUCUUUUUGUAUAGGCCAAAUACACUGCUGAAAUCCUAGCAAGGGUGACGUCUCCUCUGAGACUGUUGGGACACCUUGUCUCUGUUGUGGAUGUCUUGAUGGAUUGAUGGGGUGUCCAGUUGCAGCCCUGGAACACUUCAGAUCUCAAACUCAAGGGCAGCCAGGCACAGGCAUAGUCUGUAUUGGUGUCCAGGAACUUUGCUGGGACCUGGGCUGGUCCAAGCUCCUGGGAUGCAGAACAUGGAGGUAGGCCCAGUCGAAGGGUUUUACCCAACAUGUGAUCCUUCCCCGGCCCUUCAAACUGAGUUUAGCACGUGCACACACAGAGAUCCAGGUGUCUACAUGAAGGAUCCAGGCUAGUUUUAUUUACUUGGGAUGAGACAUAGCAAAUUCCUCUGAUAUUCUCUUUAGAGGGUGAGGUUGCCUUGAUCUUUUUCUUUUGCACAAUCAGUGGCAAGCUUCUCAUGAGGUCAGCUGUACUAUGAUGGGGACAUGAGCUGAAGGAGUGGCUCACAGUUGCACACCCAGAGGGUUUCUUGACCUCCAGCCUCCAGGCAGAAGUGAAACACACCCACCACCCUGCUGAGGGAGCAUAGCUUUUACCAUCACAGAUGCACCAGUGGUCAAACCAGAGUGUCCAUUGCUGGCCUCAGGGUGCUGUUUUGAAAGAACAAAGCCAGGCUUCAGAUAUCCUCUGGUUUCCCCACUGAGUCUGCAGCCACAUGGCAGACUGAAUAAUUCACAAACUGUAUUUAAUAAGGCAGCUGUUGGGCACCACUUAAAAAAUAGAUGAGAUGUUGCUUAGAUCUUCUCCAUCCCUCCAUUUGGACACAUUUGCUUUCUUGUACCAAAUUUUGAAAAUUAAGAAGUAAUUUCCUGUGUUCAUCACAUUAGGACUGGCAUCUUAGCCUUCUCUAGGCUGGGUCUCCUGGUAGACAGGAUGCUUACUCCUCUCUCUGGCUGGGACUUUGGCUUGGUAUAGUGGGGGAGGAGAGUUUUGUAAUUAUUCACAGGUCCUGAGGGGGACUUCCCAAAGGAGAUGUCUGAUACCAAACAAGCUGCUGCUUCUUGUGGGGGUACUAGCCUGGGAGUCCCUCCUGGCCUGGGUAAAAAGGAUGAGUGGGUUAAGGUGUUUGCUGCCAAAUUACCCUAGCAAAUGCAAUUCAGUCCUUGAGACCCACAUGGUGAAAGAAGACAAUUGAGCUUCACAAGCCCAUGGUGGGUCUGCACAGAUGUGUAUGUACACACAUAAAUAAAUAAAAUGCAAACAAAAAUAAUCUUUGCAAAGGCUCCUGCAAACACUGACCUCUGAGACUCUGUUUAUUUUUAUUUCUCUGUGACUCUCCACAACGUAAACCCUGUGUGUGAACACUGGCAGAGAUGAAUUAGAAGUAAACUCUCAAUCACACCUCUAGGAUUUGUGCGGUGCUUUCAUUUGGCUGAGAAUUUGGUAGGAAAAUUCAUUGGGGGCUUGCCUCUUGUGUCUCCUGCCUUUUAACCUAAGUUUCAGGAAUAGACAGAUCCUCAAAAUUGGCUUUAGAUUGUUCCUGGAGGUGAAGAUUGAAUCUCCCCAGCUCAGAGUUGAGACGGGCUGUAUGAGCCUGAGAUGAACGAAUUGUAAUAAAGCAUAAUAACAAUAGCAAAAGGUUUUAAUCAAUUAAAAGCAGCAUUCUUUUAGUUUAGUCAUUCAAGUCCAAGUAGAAAAAUGAAUUCUAUGGCUAAAUGUCAUGUGUGUGUGUGGGGGAUUCUUUUUGAGUUUUGGUGCUGGGGAUGGGGCCCGUGACUGCACAAAGCUCUCCCCAGCCCCUGGUGAUUGUUUUGCAUCAUGCAUUCUACUACCUCCAUGCAGGGGUCAUGGGGAUCAGCUCCUGAUGCCUGCAGUUUCAAUGCUGUGCUGGAAGGUUAGGACUGUUAACUUGACACAACUUACAAUCGUGCUGCAGAGGGUUUUAACGAGAAAUAUCUCUUUAUUAUCCAUUGAUGUAGGAAGACUCAGCCCACUGUGGGUGACAGUGUUCCCUAGGCAGUGUGUCCUGAGCAAUGUGAGAGGAGGAAGCCAGGUGAGGACAAGCAAAGAUCCAUGUGUUUUUCCUGUUUCUGUGAGACCAUGGAUGUGCCCCUCUGCUUUAAGUUCCUGCCUUGACUUCCCUGCAAUAACAGACCACACCUGGGGGUGUGAGCCAACGGAAACCCUUAUUCCUGGAGCUGCUUCUAGUCAGGGUGUCUAUCACAGUAACAGAAAUGAAGCUAAAACAGAUGCUCAGGGCAUCACCUACACAGAGUUUCAGACCCUUUUCACACCACCACGUCCCUGGAUGUCAUCGCCAGUGCUACCCAAACAGAGGUGAGUCCAGAGAGCUGUGAAACCCUUCUUACAUUCUGCUUUUGGAAAUAUCAGAGGGGGAUAUCGGACUCAAUUCACUUGGUCACAUAAGACAAAAAAUACCCUCUGUGACUGGAAGCCACUCAUCUGAAACUGAGGACACUUUGUGGUCAAAUCUGAUUUCCUAAAGGAUAAAAUUUAAAUGUCUGUGUCAUUGAAUGGUGUUUGAAAUUGUCAUUUGCCUGUACAUUGAGAAGGUUCUACAGACUGAUACUCUGUUUAGGAAGCAGGUAUAUGUAUUUAUGAUUUGUUAUAAUGGUAUUUAUCUUUAAUAAAAGUUAAAUUAUAAGCAACAUAAUGCAUGUGGGUGGUUAUAAUAUACAGCUCCUCUGAAGUUAUCCAUAUCUGUAUGGUCUAAAUUUGGCUAUCUUUUUUUUCAUUGAUGUUUGUGUCUGGAUUUUUUUUUAAAAAACUUGGCUUUGGUUUUGUAUGCUCAGAAAAGUAUUGCUGAACAGUCUUGCUUAUUUUUGAAAUAUAAGAGAACUUCUUGUUUCACUCAUAUUUUGGAGGCAAAGCCACAGAACUCAACAGAACUCUGAAAGGCUUUCAGGGCAGUGAGCCUUGGGUGAGAAGUGAGGCAUUCUUGAUAAUUAUAAAUCCAGACAGUAGGCAAUCAUCCUUUGGAAUUCUUUUCUCUCUGGAGUACUUUUCUAUUGUUUAAGCCUAAGGAAUAAACCUUAUGAG